CUUCCCAGCCGCAGCCCUGCUCCGGGGCGGCUCCGAGCACAGUGUCCCGGGGGAGCGGGACGAUCCCGGAUCCCGGCCCCGCGCAGCCGGGCCGGGGCUGCCAUUGGCUCCGGCGGGGAGCGCUGACCGCCAGCCGCCUCCAAACUAUUUCCUGUUGCUGCAGCGUUAAUGCUGAACAGACCCUGCUGUCUCUUCCCUCUCUCCAGCCAAAGUGCAGCGGGCUCCCGCCUUCCCACCGCGCUCCGAUGCCUAGCAAGUGCCGUCCCCUGAGCCCCUGAGCACGGCCGGGCACAGGAUGGAGAGCCGCCGGCGGGACAUGGAGCUGCUGAGCAACAGCAUGGCCGCGUACGCACACAUCCGAGCCAACCCCGAGAGCUUUGGGCUCUACUUCGUGCUGGGCGUCUGCUUCGGGCUGGUGCUGACCCUGUGCCUGCUGGUGCUGCGCCUCUCCUGCGCGCCCCCCCCGCGCCGCCCCAGGGGCUUCAGUGAGGACGACGAGGAUGAGGACGAGGAUGAAGACGAGGAGGAGGAGGAGGACACCAUUGACCGCGCAGCAUCCGAGUCGCUGCUGCCGGUGACCGAGAUCCCGCUGGAGACUCACGGCCCCGGGGACGGGGCUGUGGCCGUCAACGUGUUCACGUCGGCGGAGGAGCUGGAGCAGGCGCAGCGGCUGGAGGAGCGCGAGCGCAUCAUCCGCGAGAUCUGGCGCAACGGGCAGCCCGACAUCCUGGGCACCGGCUCCCUGGGCCGCGUCCACUACUACUGACCCCGGCACCGAGCCCGGGGAGCUGCCACGGAGCGGGAGGAUGAGGAGGGGGCUGCUCAUUGCCCCUGUGCUGGAGGCUCUGCCCCCAGAGCACCCCCAGGGCCAAGCUUGUCCCUCGAUGCACUUUGAGCCAUUGGUACGACUGCUGGCACCAGCCGAGCAGCCCCGGGACCCUGCAGGGACAGGGACAAGGACAGGGCAGACCUUGGUGGCCAUCUCCAUGGGUCAUGUCUGGCUGUUUCCGUGUAAGCUUUGGGGGUCCUGCCCCACAAACAUGGUGCUGUUACACCCUU